AUGCAGCCAGGGAGAGGGAAUCGAGAGGCCCUAGGGAGCAAUACUGUAACCGAACCAGAGGAGGGAAAGGAGAAAGGGGGUUUCCAGAAGAAAGCUGGCCUCACGGAACGACCUCUGAGUUUUCCUACGUCCCCGAGCCCCACCCAGGGCCCCAGACCGCAGCCGACCCUCGCUCCCCGAGCGCAGCCCCAUCCCGAGCCCGAGGCGUGCCGCUCAGCCCCACGCUCCAGACGCCCGAAGCCAGUCCUCUCAGCCCGCUCGGCCCCAAGGGGCCCCGGGAUCGCGCCCCGAAGCCUAGAAAGAUCACGCCCUCAGGCCCCCUGCCCUCCCGCCCCCGCGUCCCGCAGGCCCGCGGCCACCGCCCUUCCCCGCCCCGGGCGGGCCUUGCGGGGUCCCGGGCAGCCGCAGAGAGCGGCUCGGGCAGCCCCCGGGAGAAUGGAGAGGCCGCCCCUCCGAUCGGGCCCCGCCUGUCGCCGCACCUACCCGCCGCCGCCGCGUCGGAGCCGAAGCCGGAGGGAGCCGGGAGAGGGCCGGGAGGAGCCGGGAGGAGCCGGGAGAAGUCGGGAGGAGCCGGAGCCACCGAGCAAGCCCGUGGGGCGGGGCGCAGGGAGGCGGCCGCUUCCUCGUCGCUCUCUUGAGGGCCGGCGCGGGGGCGGGGCGCCGCCACCGCCUAUCCCGCGGGCGCCGCGGCUCCGACCAAUAAGCGCGGUGAGGGGGCGGGCGGAGGGCUGUGGCAAGCCAAUGGGCGCCGGCCCCGCCGCCUCGACCUCGCAGUGGUAG